AUGCCCCAUUACAACAGCCUUGAAAGCUGUGUGAACUCGCUCAGCGCAUCGGUAGAGCUUCUAGAAGACGCGCUCCUGGCGCUAGACGAAGCCACGCAUGAUGUUCCCAGAAUAAAAACGGUAAUGACAACAAACAAGGUGUUUGGUUUGGUUCCCAGUAUUGAUUUGGAGAACGCCAAGCGCGAUAUCCACACCGAGAUCAAGCCGCGGGUGCAGGCGAUGGUGGAAUUGGCUGGUAAAAGAUUGGAGGAGGCGCGGCGAGAGCAUCUGAAUUUGGCUAAAAAGGCUGCAUUGCAGCAAAUGCGGUUGCGUGACGUUGAUGGCGUAGCUGCACGAGAUCGAGAACCCAUGCGGGUGUUGCAUCAGGAUGCAGAGAAGCUUGCGCGGUUGCGGCUCUUGCAGGAUAAAAAGGACCGGUUGCGCCAAAGCUUGUCGCGGCUCCAAUUGCAGGAGCGGCGGAACAGAAUCGGCAGUCGGUGA